AUGGUCCUGCAGUUCAACUUGCCCGAUGACGAUUUCUACAAAUUCUUGGUGGGGGCGUGGAAGCGCAACCUGGAGUGGCGCGAGUUUGGCGGCACCUACGCGCACGUGCGAACAAGUAACACAGUUGUCCUCAUCGAGGAGUACCAGCGCCUGGACACCACUCCCGCUAAGAACAACGACGUCUACCUCGAGUGGCAAUACAGCGGCGACACCUGCCACGGUCAGUUCAUGGACAAGACGUCCGUAGCCAUACUCAAUUUUUUCAUCCGCUCCUCUACCGUCACAGCAACGUACCGCAUCAUGGAUGCCGACACCAUAGCGGUGUGCAUCACCGAGGUGGACGAAAGGCACAAACCGACCAUCCAAUACGGCAACAUGUACAGAAUCGACACCAAACUCUACGCCCCCGACGCACCGUCACAGCAACAGCCAUCUUGA